CAUAAAUUCUAAUGAUAAAUGUCAUUUUGAUUAAUCGCUAUGUUAUUUAAAAAUUCGAGUUUAUUCUUCAUAAAAUGUUCGGCACCAAAUUAAUCCCAAAUUCUAGAGUAUUUUCAGCAACAAUUGUAAAAAGAUUUAUACAAAGAACUAGCUACAAUUGCCAACAAGAAGAAAAAUGCAAACCACCAAAAAAGCCAUACGUGGCAAUCUGCACAAUAUCAGACUCAAUGGUUGAUCCUUCAAAGCCUGAACCAUCAGUUGUUAUCAUAGGAGCUGGUAUAGCAGGACUUUCAGCAGCUCAAAGAUUAGCACAUUGCGGAAUCAGUAAUUUUACUGUUCUCGAAGCUACGGACAGACCUGGGGGAAGAAUCCAUUCGUGCUGGCUCGGGGAUGUGAUUGCAGAAAUGGGGGCCCAAUAUAUAGAGGGAGCGUGUGUUGGCAAUCCCGUCUACAACCUGGCAGCUACAGAGGGUCUCAUAAAACAGCCCCUGCUCAGGAGUGACUAUAAAAGGCCUGUAUAUUGCACCAGCGAAGGAAGAGUGAUAGAGGAAUCCACCGCCAUUUUGGCCUAUCAUACUUUCAUGAAGAUCAAGGAAGAAGCUCAUAGCUUGUUCUCCGUGUGUUCUGGUAAAGAACACGGAUCACUCAUGAAUUUUUUGGGUUUGAGGAUACAGCAAGAGCUGCAGAAUUUCGCUGAAGAUCAAAGAUACGACGCCUCUAGAAUAUUGUUCGGUCUAACCAAUCACCUUAAAUACAGACUCGGUGACGAUUUAUGUCAAGUGAGCGCAGACAAUUAUGGCAGUUCCAUAGAGAUUCCAGGGGGUCAAGUUAAGGUUCCGCUAGGUUUUGUUGGUGUUCUAGCCCCACUCAUGAGGGAGCUACCCGAAUGCAGUGUCCUCUACAACAAACCGGUGUCGAACAUCAAAUGGGGUGCUGUGCAAAGCAGAGAUAAGGGACCAAGGGCGGUAAUACAGUGUUGUGAUGGUUCAGAAUACUGCGCUGACUACGUUAUUAUAACUGUGUCCUUGGGAGUACUGAAGGAGCAUGCUGAAAAGAUGUUCUGUCCGCCUUUACCGUCAGCCAAGAUGGAUGCCAUCAGGUGCUUGGGUUAUGGCGCUGUGGACAAAAUAUUCCUCGACUACGAUCGCCCGUUCUGGGUAUGGAAAGAUGGAAACAUACAUUUUGCGUGGUCCCAAGAGGAACUCCUGGCAAGAACGGAUUGGACAAAAGGUCUGAGCGCUGUCGAAGAGGUUGAAGGUAGCAAGCACGUCCUUUGUGCUUACGUUGGUGGUCCAGAAGCUGCAGUUAUGGAACAGGCUACAGACGAAGAGGUAGCUUCAUGCGUCACCAAGGUCCUGAGGAGGUUUACAGGAGACGCAUCACUGCCUUACCCAGACACCAUCCUCAGGUCCAAAUGGGCCACUGACCCUUAUUUUUGUGGAUCGUACAGUUAUCUGAGCGUGAGUUCCAACGUGGGACACCAGUGUGAUCUCAGUUCUCCUGUACCAGGGAUCUGCGAUCCCCAACCCCCGGUUUUACUGUUCGCCGGGGAAGCUACGUGUGCUGGACAUCAUUCUACAGUACAUGGGGCGAGAUUGAGUGGUAUAAGGGAGGCGCAAAGAAUAAUCACUUUAACGAAAAGGUACGGUGGACCACCACCAAGAGAAAGUCUAUGAUGAUUCAACAAUUAUAUUCGAUUUUACACUGUAUAAUCUAUGUAUUUUUAUAUUGGUCUUUUUCGGCACGUACAUAUAUACAUUUAUUGCAAUAAAUAACUUAUAAAUAA